UCGCGAGCCGCGGUUAUUAUAGAUAACUACGUCGUUAUCAAAAUCCCCAAUAGAUUGUUAUUAUUAUUAUUUAAUGUUUAUGACUUAAAGAGAUGGUAUAAUUAUUAAAAUAAAAUAUCUUUUUUUAUGAUCAUCGCGCUUUAAUGUUUUAUAAAAUUCUACGAAUUUCGCGCUAUUGUCUAUUGACUCCGCUUACUUGCCAUCCAUGGUCAGUGAGUACAGAGUUUUCAGAGACGCGGGUGAAUAACAAUAGAMAUUUUGGUCGAAUCGUAAUUUAAAAACGAACGUGACAGUAGGUUAUAAUUAUCGCAAGUAUUGUUUGAGAAUAGUGUUGUCUCACCAUGUCCGGUUCGCUGUCCGCCGUUGUUCCGGCCAAGCCAGACGUACCAUAGAGUAUUGAUUCACUUGAUAGGAGACAUGAACAACGGUGACGACGAGCUGCAUCGACCUGGCACAAGCAGAGGAGUGGUAUCUGAUCAGAAAGAAUCUUCCAGAUUAAACAACAACGUAGCACACAACUAUGACGAUCUCGAUACCGAAAGUUGUCAUGAUUGUGAUACCCCUGAACAACAUGACCACAUGAUAGCUGCUAGUUUAGUACAUUGUGAUCAGGAAGAUAGUGAUUCAGAUAACGAUUCUUGUAUUUACACUUACCGUGGUGAUCGGCAAGAGCCGGCAGUUGAAAACUUACCCAUGGAUGAUAGAAGUACAUCACCUUUGAUGGAUUACUUAGAGAUGGACUUUGAACCUGAACCAACAGUUAAUAAUGUAUCUGAAGACGAAGAGAUUACUGAACCGACGGCUAAUAGUGCAAAUGGUACAAUGCUGAUAAUAAAAGACCUGAAAUCUGCUGUAAAUCCUAAUCGUCGAGAAAGCCAACUUAAUGUUAGAAAUGCUGUGAUGUGUGAACCUAAUAUUAAUCCAAAUCUAAUCCCUCGAUUAUCUUUUUCGAAUUCAGAUGUACCCACUCUACAUUUCAAGUCUCUUAAUACUAAUCUCCCUGUUUGUAAAGAAGAACGUAAUGGAUGUAUGAGACGUAAUUCUGAUACAACGGAGGUAUGUCAAAAAAUGAAAAGAAUGCGUGUUGAUGAUUUAACUUGGAUUAAGGAAAUGGUAUGGUCGGAAAAAGAGGCAGCUCAACUUCAAGUAAACCAAAUUGGUGUAUCAGCGUGUGGGGCAACUGCAGUUGUAAAUACUUUGUUGGCUCUAAGGACACAAUUCAAUCUAGACCGUAUAGUUCAAACUAUUGGCACCCGCUUACGUGAUGAGACUGCUCCACUUGUUCCCUAUUUGGAAUCACGAGCUGUAGCUGGUUGCAUGCCCCAAGAUUUGGUUAGAACAUUGGAAACCGUAACAGAUUCACAAGUCAGUGCUAGGUUUUUUGCUACUCAUCAAUAUUUGGAUUUGCAUCUUGCCCCAUGGCUUGCCACUUGGAUUAAAAAAGGUGCUGUUCCCAUUUUGACAUUAAAUCUCCAACGGGUAGAUGUUUCACCUUCUCUUGUGCCAGAUAGUUGGCACCAUCAAAUGGUGUAUGGCGUAUCAUACAACCCCUUAUGUCCAGAAUUUGCUCAAGUUUACUUAACAAAUCCACUGAGCAUUUCAUGCAUGGAGUCGUUACUUCCACAGUUAAUUUCUCCAUCUUCAUUGAAGAUCAAAAGAGCUGAUAUAUUGUCCAGGUGGACCCCUCAAACAGAUCUCAUGUCCUUGGCCACACAUCCUAGCCGAAAUUGGCAUAGGUUUAAUGUAUUAGGACAAGUAGUAAACCUUUUACGYGAAGAAAAAGAAAAUGUCAAAUUCACUGAUCAUAUUGAAAUACCAGCCAACUAUAAGAGUGGUAUAACUUUAGCAAUAAAAACAUCAUCAAAUUACUGCCAUGAAUUGAAAUCUGUGCCAGAACUUUAAACUUUAGAUAGGUACCAAGCAAUAGGUAUUCAUUUAUUAUGUUUAAAUAAUUUUAUUUGUAUUAUGUGUUUUAUUGUGUAACCAAUAUUUGAAUAU